CUUUUACUUCUGGUUCCGGAUUCUUUUCAUUCUGUUGUGCCAGGCUUGAGGGGCAUCCCGUGUUGAUGAAACUUUCGAGAUGCCUGGUGGUUCUUAAAAAUCUUUUGGUGGGCGUAUGUUUCCUAGGCCUGUUGAACUUUAUGUGGCAGCCCAUUUUUGGUUCUUAAUCUGAGAAGGCAGCGCCAUGAAUAUCUGUUUUAGGAAGAGAAGUCUGACAGUGGCAUAGAGGAAACUGGGCUUUCACUUGGGCCCAUGCUGGGCCCCCGAGUCAGAAGCCUUUGAGUGUGGGGUCCAGCAUUCAGCAUUAACAAGCUCACAAAGGUGUCUCUAAUGCCUGCUUACGAGUGAAAUCAUGAAGUCAAAUCCUCUGUCGUCAGGAAGGCAUUCUUGGGGACAGCUUUAGAGCUUAGGUCUGAAGGGAUAACCUUCUGCAUUUGUGGGAUGGCCUUGGGAACAGAGAGGGCUGUGUGUCUCCAGGAGGAACCCCGGCCAAGAUGGAAGCCAGAGCCCUUAGCAGGCAGUGCUGGCAGUCGGCUGGGAGUAGUGGGUUCAGUUCCAGGCAGACCUCAUACACGACAGCUUUGAAGGGCUGUGGCUUCUUUAUUUACUCCAGGCUGGGACAGGUGCAGUGCGUCCUCCAGACGGCAGCUGAGAUGUGGAGGUAGCUGUUUGUUGACAAGGAGAGCAUUCUGGUCACAGCUCAUUUCCUGACAGUGGAGGAUGAGCUGCCACCUUAGAGAGUGGGAGGGGAUGUGGAGCAGUUCAUCAACCAAGGUGGAUCUCAAGAGUGGGCUGGAAGAGUGUGCAGAGGCAUUGAACUUAUUUCUAAGUAACAAGUUUAAAGAUGCCUUGGAGCUGCUUCGUCCAUGGGCCAAGGAGAGCAUGUACCAUGCCUUGGGGUACAGCACCAUUGUGGUCUUGCAGGCCAUCAUGACCUUUGAGCAACAGGACAUCCAGAAUGGCAUUUCUGCCAUGAAGGACGCUUUGCAAACCUGCCAAAAAUACAGGAAGAAAUGCACAGUUGUGGAGUCUUUCUCAAGUCUGCUUUCUCGUGGGUCACUGGAGCAGCUGAGUGAAGAGGAAAUGCAUGCCGAAAUAUGUUACGCCGAGUGUCUCCUACAGAAAGCUGCACUCACAUUUGUGCAGGAUGAAAAUAUGAUCAACUUCAUCAAAGGUGGACUCAAAAUUAGAACAAGUUACCAAAUAUAUAAAGAGUGCCUUUCUAUCCUGCACGUAAUUCAGAAGAACAAGCAGGAGCAGCACUUCUUCUAUGAGUUUGAAGGCGGUGUCAAGCUUGGCACGGGGGCCUUUAAUUUGAUGCUGUCUCUUCUGCCAGCAAGAAUUAUCAGACUGCUAGAGUUUAUUGGGUUUUCUGGAAACAGGGACCUGGGCCUUCUGCAGCUGCGGGAAGGUGCAUCAGGAAGCAGCAUGCGGUCCCCACUCUGCUGCCUUACCAUCCUGGCUUUCCACACCUACAUCUCCCUUAUUCUCGGUACAGGAGAAGUGAACGUGGUGGAAGCAGAGAGUCUCCUCGCACCCUUUCUUCAGCAGUUCCCAAAUGGCUCACUCAUACUGUUCUACCAUGCCCGGAUCGAGCUGCUGAAAGGCAACGCUGAAAAGGCUCAAGAAACGUUUCGAAAAUGCAUUUCAGUUCAAGAAGAGUGGAAACAGUUUCACCAUCUCUGUUACUGGGAAUUAAUGUGGAUUUAUAUAUACCAGCAGAAUUGGAUGCAGGCGUAUUAUUAUUCAGACCUACUCUGCAAAGAGAGUAAAUGGUCCAAGGCAACAUAUGUGUUCUUGAAAGCUGCCAUUCUGAGCAUGCUUCCGGAGGAGGAGGUGGCAGUGACCAGUGAGAAUGUGGUGGCUCUGUUCAGACAGGUAGACGGCUUGAAGCAGAGGAUCGCGGGGAAAUCUCUCCCAACUGAGAAGUUCGCUGUGAGGAAGGCACGCCGGUACUCACCCUCCUCAGGAGCCCCGGGGAAGCUUGUCUUACCUGCCCUGGAAAUGAUGUACGUCUGGAAUGGCUUUUCGAUAGUAGCCAAAAGGAAGGACCUUUCUGAAAACCUCCUGGUGACUGUGGAGAAGGCUGAGGCGGCUCUGCAAACUCAGAACUUUGCUGACUCUGUGGAUGAUGAGUGCUUGGUGAAAUUACUGAAGGGAUGCUGCCUCAAGAACUUAGAGCGACCCUUGCAAGCUGAGUUGUGUUUCAACCACAUUGUGGAAAGUGAGAAGCUACUGAAGUAUGACCACUAUCUGGUGCCGUUCACUCUGUUUGAGCUGGCGUGUUUGUAUAAAAGCCAAGGGGACAUUGACAAGGCCAUAAAGACCCUAGAAACUGCAAGAAACAACUACAAAGAUUAUUCCUUGGAGUCCAGACUACACUUCAGGAUUCAAGCAGCCCUUCAUCUCUGGAAAAAACCGUCCUCUUCCUCAGACUGAUCAGAACUCACAGGAUGGAAUCCCCCCAGUUAACAUGGGCUCUUGCUGUGGAGAUCAGUCCCAGUUAAGGUGGAAGCGAGAUCCUUCAAAUAAGAAAGGAAACUCUAUUGUCAGGCGCUUCCUGUCACCUGAGUGGCUUCCUGUUCCCCUAUGGAAUGGCAAUCAAUAUUGUAUAGAGAUUCUUAUAUUCUGCCUUUAAAAAGAAUUUCACAUUAGAUUUCAAUUGAGGGGUGAAGUCUUUCGAAAGACUGACAGGUACAAUAAAGUCUAGUUAGAUUAUUUAUUUUUUUAAUGCAAAAAUUAAUAUUGUUCAAGUAGCAAAUGGCUUUAUACGCUGAGCCAUUUUUAGAUUGGCUUGUCCUUUAAACUUCAGAGAUAUUUUAUUGCUUAGUAUUUAAAUCUCAGAGUGGGAAUAAAUAUCACAUCUAAAAUAAUAUAACAAUGAGUUUCUGAAGGUUCUGGAAGAGAGAAGCAGAGGGCCCGAGGGGUGAAGUCUUCCUAGGCUGAAGGACCUGCAUCUCUACAGGAUGAUGCGGUUGUGAGUUCUCGGGUUUCUGCUCUCAGUGGUUGAAAUGAUGGCAUUUUUCAGAAACUGUUCUGUCUUUGAAUGUACUCAUAUCUGAUCCAGCAAUAGCAUUCAACCAUAUAGACACAUCUCCCAUGUAUCUACAGGAAGAAAACGCGGUAUUUUAGACCUCCCUAACCUUAGUGCUAAAGCCUGAGAUAUAGACUGACUACUUUUCUUACAGGGAGGAAAAAAAUCCCUGCUGCUUUAAAUGGUAUGUAAAAUAUCAUCAUUUUUACACCUAGGAUGUGGCUGGCCCAGCGCUGACGGCUCCUUCCUUCCUUCCUUCCUUCCUUCCUUCCUUCCUUCCUUCCUUCCUUCCUUCCUUCCUUCCUUUCUUUCUUUUCUUUCUUUCACAUCUGGGCUGGGUUUUGGUUCACUGAGUAGAAUAUAGAACCAGAGCAUGGGACUGGAAGAGCCAGGCUCUGCUACUGGUGAGCAGAGAGCAGAUGGCUUUUCUGGAGUCCCCACACCUGUCAAUCACUGUAUCUUCCUCUCUUGUGAAAUAGAAAAAGAACAGGUGACUUUAAUGUUCUCUCUGAGUUUUAUAACCAUGAGUCUGUGUAUUAGGUACUUCCAGCACUGUUUAGCAUUUAAUCCACAUUCUUCCCAUUUAGAAUGUUUUAUAGUAUUUUUUCAAUGCCCCUCCCUCGCCUUCCAAUCCACUGCCUAUAGUCGUUGUUACAGCUAAGGGCCAGAUCCCACCCAGUGAGGAGAAACAGUUCAUGAGUCCAUGAGUCGGGGUUUUGUUCCGUUUUCUUGUCUAUCUGGUCGUUGACUCCACAUUCCCCAGGUAGAGCCCCGAAUUCGUAGUUGGGAGUCUCUCUCUGUUGGUGAGUAGUUAGCAAAGUAAAACAAAUAACUUGGCCUUUCUAGGACUUGGAUUUUCCAGUGGGAAUGACAAGGUAGAUUCAGUGCUCUGAGGCCGCAACUAGGUGGUGCAUUUGGUAGCUUUCUGUACACUGGGAGGCUGUACACAUGAGUGAGUCUGACAAUUAUGGCUUUGUGCAUGGAUUACAGUAUCUAUAUGAAAGUAUCCUCUGAGUCUUUGGUCUGUGCUGUAAAAUGAAAUGAACGUGGGCAGUCAGAAGCCUCUCAGUUUAUGCAUUUACCACCAAGAGCAGCCCGAUCAUGGAGUUGUUCCUGCUGUCCCCUACUGUGUUCCCAUGCUCAGAAUUGGUGUUGUGUUAUGUAAGGUACCAUUUCUUGACCAACAUUGAGGAAGCAUUUCUUGAAGAAGGUGAUUAAUAACACUUCUUCAACAUGGGGGCAGAUAACAUUAUAUCACAUUAAUAUGAAUUAUACAACCAGCUACAGAUAAAAGGGGAAAUAAAUUGUCAUGAUACUAUAGAAAUAUAUUCGGUAAUUAUAUAUAUAAGACUUUGAAGAAAAGUUUAUAAAUUCUUUAGGAGAACAUUGAUACAUUAUUUUAAAAACAUAUAUUAUUAAAGAAUAUGUCUGGGUAUAGGGGCACAUUCCUUUAAUCCCAGCACUUGGGAGGCAGGGGCAGGUGGAUCUCUAAGUUUGAGGCCAGCCUGGUCUGCAUAGUAAGUUCCAGGCCAGCCAUAACUACAUAGUGAAACCAUGUCUCCAAAAAGAAACAAAAAGAAUAUAUAUCCAUAUUUUGCGAGAAACUGUCAGAGCUCAUGGUCUGUAACAAUAAAUUCCCAUUCUGGUAUAAAAUGAAAAAAAUGAAGCUAAAAACAACUAUUGCAGGCUGGUGAGAUGGGUCAGCAGUUAGAAUCCUUCCUGCUUCUCCAGGGACCAGAGCCUGUUUCCCACUACCAUGUCAGACAGUUCUCACCUGCUGUAACUCCAGAAGAGCUGACACCCCCUUCUGGCCCCUGUAGGCACCCAGACAAACAUGGCAUAUGUUCACACAGAAGAAGCACACAUGUGUACAUGAGUAGAUAAUCUUUUUUAAAAUGACUGCUUUUACAUUAUCAAACAAAUUCAGCUGUGCCAUUUUUUGAUUUGUGGGGUUUUUGUUUGUAUUACUCAUAUUCUCUUUGCCAGUUAGCUGUGUGGAUCAUUUAUCUAGUGACCUUAUAAAUAGUGCAAUCGAAUUAAUGCCACAGGCAUUUAUCUGUUUCCUGUCAUGUUCAAGACACUGUACAGGCACCGGUUUCUUAGGAUGUUUGUAAGGGUCAUCUACUGCCUGUUUUGUGAUAUAGCAUGUUUGCCUAAGAGACACCAUUUUAUCUGUCAUCUUUGUGAGGCACCGGUAGUGGCUUGGGACUCUGGUACAUCUAAGGACAGUUUGUAUAGCCACUGGCAAAAUUGCUUCUGUUUAUUUUUAAAUAGCGAGGCAGUGUUCUGAUUGGUGCGUUGCCUUGGCGAGUCCUGCACACAGGAUUGCAGAGCACACAGUUUUGUGGCUUUCUGUCUGUUCCGAGGACAGGAGGAGUCAGUGGGUAGGAGCUACAGGGAGAUAAACUUCACAUUCCUCCAUGGGAAGGACAGUGUGCCAUCAUUAGAGCAAUGCUGUAGGCCAGCCAGCUCCUUGGAAAGGGGGGUGAGUUAGCAGCCCUGGGUGACUGUCGUCCCUCCCUGGCCUAAGGGCCUGGGUUAAUUGAAUUGGAGGUCAAGUCAUUCUACAAUUUUUUGAUCAGGGCUUAAACCCUGUCACGGUGUGGAAGGGUGAAAAGCGAGUUACCCCCUCUUCAAGUAGAAGUGCGUGCUCUCUCUGUAGUCAUUUUAUUGUGAUGGGCACUAGCAGCACCUGCUGUCAAAGCUCACGUGAUUCUGCCUCCCAUCCAUCCCCGUGAAGUUUACUGAUCUUGUUGAGUAGAGCCCUGCUCCCUGGACAGCAAGAAUGAUUUAAGAACAGUCCUUAUGGCCAAGUGGGAAAGGCAAGUCUGGUCAGUUCCCUAGACAUUUCAGUUUUCCCGUGUCCUUCUUUCCUCUUUGUUGCAUCCCCUUGGUUUCUGAAUCACCAGUUGCGGUUAGUUGUAAUUAGUGAAGCCUCCGAUGACUGAAAUCCUACGCGCUUGUGAUCUAUCAGGUCUGGAUCUUAGCAAAUUAUUUUGUCCUUUGCGGCCAUUGAACAUACUGCUUCUGCUGUCUUCAGUUAGCUGUGGCUGCUAGGCUCCUGAAAUGGCCAUGGGCGGUGGGGACCUUUCUUCAUCUUUCUUCUUGCCUGCAGCAGUUCUCAAAGGCUCCUGGGUUCUUGCCCCCUGGCACUCUGGCAUUUGCUUGCUGUCUGAGGUGACGGCCCAUCCCUCAUCCAUUAUCCCUCAUCCAUUGCAUCUCCUCGUCAACUAUCUCUCAGUGGUUACUCUUUCUGUUUAAGUGCCCUUAAACUUUGAUUCUCCCGUGUAAUUGGCGCAUGAGCAUUGGUCUCACCCCUGUGAACUCUUUGUGUGCUCAUCUAAAAGUCCCUGUUUUUAAGAUUACUAGGGUAGGCUUAUUUUAUAAACUGUCUCUGCAUGUCACAAUUGCCAGGUCGCUUUCAUGAAUAAGAUAAUUUCUGAAAAAUUUAAUGAACACUUUGUGAUACUUUUACAUCACCAACAUGCUAACGUUAGCUAGUUCAAUAUACUACUUACAGAUUGUUUGACACAAUUGAUCCACUUAAGGAAUAAUAUGGAAGAUGAUUUAUCUAAAUUUAAAUAUUUUAUGCUUUCCAGUUGCCUAUUGUGAGUAAUUUAAGCGCUUUAAAAAUCUCUAUUAGAUACAGUGAUAGAUCUAAUGUAUCAUUAGAUUGGUCUAUACAUAAGUAAUAUAAAACAACCCAUAUUGGCUAAUCCUUCAUGCCCUUUUAGGAGUGGAGUUGUUUCUCCAUAUUGCUCUCCCACCACCCAAUUGUUUCCAUAUUUUACUGUAUGUAUUAGAUUGCUAGAACCCUGCCUCCCAGUUAGUAUUUUGGUCUAUUGUACAUUUGCUGUUAGCUUUUAUUAUUUUAGAAUGUUGAACUUGAAAUGUAAAGGGCCCAUCAGACUCUGUCAUCAAGGAAGAUGGCAUUGCUGUUGAACAGUUCCAUCUGAUCUGGACAGACAGACCUUCAUAUGCGAGGACAAACUUAAGUCCGUUCCAGUCCAUUAUAAAACUUGAUCACUUCUGAAGGAAGUGAUAGGAGAGCUAUUCUGUGUACUGAGAUGGCUGAGCAGGUUCUCAGCCUGAACCAUGAAGAUAGAUUGAACACUAGAGAAGACUAAGCCCCACCCCCUCCUGUUUGCAGUAUACAGCGAGUGACAUGUGUUCAUCACAGUUAUAUUGCAACAGGACUGUGCAAAAAUUCAAAGCAGAUGCUUCACUGUAUUUAAAUAAUAAAGAAUUCUGUACAUGCCUACAGAUUGAAUUUUAUUUUAUUUUAUUUUUGCGGUGCUACAAAUAAAACCCCGAGGGCUGGUGUUUGCUUUGUAAGUACUCUACAAGUGAGCCACAUCCUCAGCCCCAGGUUGAAUAUUGAAUAGGAAAAAUCAAGGUACAAUAGUAGCAAACUUACUGACAAUAAAUACAUAGGACACCUUGUCUGUCAACUGAGUACUCCUCAGAAGUGUGUAAUUUAAAGGCUGAACACAGGACAUGUGCAUAUUACGUCAAGUGCGUUUGUUUUAUUGCUCCUUAACUUUUUCUUCAGGGCUUUGAAUUAAAAGUCUUGGUAGUUUGGGCACCAAAAGAAAGUAAAAAGAAAUUGCUUUCAGUGGAACAGAACUGAUAAUGAGGGUCUCUGAAUAACUGAGCACAUUAAAGAAUAUUGCUUGCAUUUACUUUUGAAGGAGUUGUAUUCUUUUGAGUUGGAAGGUGUGGCACGUUCUGCUUGGGGAAUUACACAGGCCUCCAGCUUCAGUCUCACUUUGACUAGGGCAGACUGCCCAGGUCGCUGUUUGGAGAUAGCAAAUGAGUAUAAAUGAAUUUUCACAAAUUCCUUUUUCUCCCUAAGUGUUUUUCCUCCCCUCCACAGUAGACUAAAUUCUUUCUGUAUGGCUCUCCUCUUGCCUACUCCUGUCCUAGGGCAUAAACCAUGAAUACUGGCACACGGCUAAGGAAACACUGGACCACUGAGCACCCAGCCAAGAAGUUUACAGGAGAAAGGAGAUUGUGGUAAACAUUUUAAAUCUCAGGCUUUUGGCUGUGUUUAAUGAUGUAAGAAAAUAUAGCACUGUUUGGGUCCAAGAUUUACAGAGAGGCACAGCGUGUGCCGCAGAUGUGUGCUGUGCAGUAAGGCACAUCACGGUUAACCGUGUGCUACACCCAGCCACUGUGUCAUGGAAAUUCUAGAGCCAAGUGUUUUUCUUCACUUUUCCUUUCGCUGACUGUUGGUAUCUGAACACCCGAAUGGAUAUUAGUUGUCUCUUUAUCGAUUGCUAUUUUAAAAUUAUUUAUUGCAGAUGUUCAUAGAAUGCUCAGUUUUGAUGCAAGUUAAAUACAAAGGCAUAUAUGUAUAUAUUUAAUAACUGAGAUGUUUUAUUUUUAUUGCACAACUUAUUUCCAAAGCAAAUUUACUUUGUAAGUGUCUUUUGAGACUUUUUUUUUUUUUGCCUCAGAAAUACAAAAAGUAAAUCUGUCUUCUCUCUGGUUUGUAAGAGGCCCUCAUGAUAACAUUUGAUUUUCACUUACUUUUGGAUUAAGCAAAAUUAAGGCAUGUAUAAACCAACUUGGAGCUUCCAGUUGAACCACCCGAGCGCCUGUCCGUACUCGGGAUUGAGUGCCAUGCCGGUCAGACAUGGAGGUGUCUUGUCUUUGUCUCCUUUCCUCAUGCGCUUAAGCAUGGUCUUCUGGGGUGAUUCUCAGCAGUCAGUUUUACAGAGGAAAACCAUUUUAGAAAUUGAAGCGAUCCGGACUCUGUAAAAUGAGUGUGUUACUAACACCCAUCUGCUAACCAGUGGACUACCUUCAGGUCCUGGAGAGGGAAAGAGACCAUCUAGGAAGCUUUCCAUCAGUCAAGGAGGAGGAAGAGGAGUGUGAACUGGCGUUUUCUCAUGUAAAACCUGUUUCCAUGGCUUCCGUGUGCUGAUUUUGUCUUAAUGUUAUCAUCUGUGAUGUGUAAGUCAAUGUAGAUAAAGAUUUAAAUUUUCAACAUGAAGACAAGAGUUCAAGUUUCUAUUUUUACAACUUAGACAGUUUUGAAAACAGAUAUCAUAUUAGAAAUUGUAUUUUUAAGUGCAGAUAAAUAAAUCUGAAAGUCAGUGUUUCCCUUUUCUUCCCGUGUACCUUAGAGAAGGCUUCUUGUUAUUGGGUACAUAUUUAAGUUGCCAGAUUGUUUUCAGAAUCCUCUAUUUUCUUAUUGCUGUAAUUGGUUUACCUACAAUGUGCAAUGAUUUGUUAUUUAAAUAAAUGACUCUCAAUGAAA